AUGUUGUUGCUGUGGCACGAAGCUCUGGGCUCAAACGACGAGGAGGCCACUGAUGAUGAGCGUCGGGCUCGAGUGCUGUACUUUUACAACGACAACAAUGACGAUGCGAAACUCUUGCCAAGUCUUCAGUUGGUACAAGGUCUACUGGCAUUUGUGCGAACCCUUCGAGGCAAGGAUUCAGCAAAAGGUACAGAUGUGGAAACUACGGCGUGGAUACCCGAGUGGACGAGUGCAACACUAUCUCGACGGAAGGUUUUCAUCCUGGAGCUGGAGCCGCAGAUUUUCAUGGCACUGGGGGUUCACCCAAGAGACAAAAUUGACCACAGAGCUGGAUACAAAGCACUGCUACGAGAGAUCUACGGCAUGUUCCGGUUAUUUCACGGAAGCAUCGACAGCAACUUGCGAUUCCUCCUGCCUUCAUCUGGUCGAUCCGUCGCAUCAGACACGACUUACAAGAAGGAGUUUGAUGGAAUGGAUCACUUGAUGCACAUCGCUGCAGUGCGAAAGCAGCUACGCAAGUUUCGACUCGCAAUUGAUGCACACACUCGUAACCAGGCAUUUGACGACACGGGCAGAGUUACAGACUUACUGCAUGGCGAUGAUAAACUGGCGCAGUUAUCGGAAGCGGAGCGAGCAGCUGAGGCUGAGCUUGAGGUACUGGUAGUGCGAUCUCCAGCGUUACUGCUGCACAAGAAAUGUGCCUUGUUCUUCCCCACACUAUUGCACUCCCUGGACAUUCGUGGGUCAAGUAGCUUGUUGGAGUUGCAAGGUAUCUCGCAUUUUUUAAUGGACGAGCUCACUUUUUUAUUGCUGCAGACAUUUGUGAGUGGCUUCCAGACGGAGCCACAAUUUUUUAAACAUGGCAUGGGAACAAGCAGUGUGAAGAGCAUGGCGCUCUUUUUCAAGGGCAACCUUUUGUGGAGCUCCAUGGAAACGUCCAUGCUGCAUUUGCUGCACAAAUUUCUUUGGCUUCGCGAAGAACGCGGGAUGACCAUGCUCCACGAUAAUGUACAUCGAGAUCUCGGUGAACUGCAUCGUGAUCAAACAUCGAAGAGCAGCAAUGACCCCGAGCUCUGGAUGUCCAAUGCAUACAACGAUACUUUCAACCCUGUUUGGUCCAGCAAGCUUUCGUACACUGAAUGCGAUGCUGUCGCUCAAAGUGAAGACGGCUGCCCCCGAAUACGGAAAACAGCUCGCUCGUUGCACAAUCAGCAUCCUGUAUCACUGUCAACAUUUCUGCGUGGAGCCCCACCUCGCUCGAGUGGUAAUCGUGUUGUCGCUCCUGCCGCAGCUUCAGGUUCUGGUGUUGCAGCAAUUGCAGCUCAAUAUGGCGUGCCGUCUCAACUUCCUGCAUCAUUGUCUCGCUUUGAAAAGCUUCGGUGCAAUGAAGUGGGUCCUGUCAUGUUUAAGAAUGCCGUGAACGCACGAACCAGGUCCAAGUCGUGUCAAAAUGCAGGACUGAUGAUGAAAGAUGGUUACUAUGCGAAGAUGCCCUUCAAGAAUCUCGAAUCAGCAUCUGAAAGAGAUUGGAGUGAUAUCGAAUCAAUCUGGAGUCCUGUCAUCUUCCCCCACGACAGAAUGUCCACCUCCGCCACAGCAACAUCAGUACCUGAAAAGCAGUGCGUAGCAAUCUGGCACGACUCCGACCUCACAAUGAUCACGUUACUCGGUCUGGACGAAACGGACCUUGGUUCAGCAAGUGCGGCGUCAAGCCUUCUCCAAGUGACCGCGCUUGAGGACGUCGUCGACUAUCUCGAGGAUCAGCAACGAUUUCGGAACUUGGCACAGCUCAUCCUUACGCAACACGAGGCUACAUUUGCUCCUGGAAAGAACAUCCCGACCGUGCAUCCAUCUCCUCCCUUCCUGUACAUCAACCGCAUCGAUCGUGCAUUUCGAGUACACAAUGUGCCGCGACUGCUGAAAGGAAGGGAAGACGACGUGUUCCCGAUUCCGGACAAGCUGUUGGCGCACUACUUCCCGACGUCAACCAUGGCGCUAAUGAACGCACUUCACGCAGAGCUACACCUACCAUGGAGCUCUGGCAAUCGAGAGCUCUGCGUUCAUACGCGUUGUUCUGGUUGGAUCUACGCCAAGAAGUCGGAGUCUUCGCAUCGGGAGAUCUACGUCUUCUUCGACAGCAAGAACAUCCCUUCUAUCCACGAUCUCUCUGAUGCACUGCAGAGGCUGCUGGACGACCACUUUGGACACGUCUUGCUCUAA